CCUGCGCAGACUCAGAAAACUCAGGCGAACCAAAGAUCCCCAGAAUGGCGGGCACUGGGUUGGUGGCCGGAGAGGUUGUAGUGGAUGCCCUGCCGUAUUUUGAUCAGGGUUAUGAAGCUCCUGGUGUGCGGGAAGCGGCUGCGGCGCUGGUGGAGGAGGAAACUCGCAGAUACCGACCUACUAAGAACUACCUGAGCUACCUGACGGCUCCAGAUUAUUCUGCUUUUGAAACUGACAUAAUGAGAAAUGAAUUUGAAAGACUGGCUGCUCGACAACCAAUUGAGUUACUCAGUAUGAAACGAUAUGAGCUUCCAGCUCCUUCCUCGGGUCAGAAAAAUGACAUUACUGCAUGGCAAGAAUGUGUAAACAAUUCUAUGGCUCAGUUAGAGCAUCAAGCAGUUCGAAUUGAGAAUCUGGAACUAAUGUCGCAGCAUGGGUGUAAUGCCUGGAAAGUAUAUAAUGAAAAUCUUGUUCAUAUGAUUGAACAUGCACAGAAAGAGCUUCAGAAGUUAAGGAAACAUAUUCAAGAUUUAAACUGGCAGCGAAAGAACAUGCAACUCACUGCUGGAUCUAAAUUGAGAGAAAUGGAGUCAAAUUGGGUAUCCCUUGUUAGUAAGAAUUAUGAGAUUGAACGGACUAUUGUGCAACUAGAAAAUGAAAUCUAUCAAAUUAAGCAGCAACAUGGAGAGGCAAACAAAGAAAACAUCCGCCAAGACUUCUGAAAGGACAGAUUAGUUUUGUGGGAAGAAAGGAAGAAAAGUUAGGCUUUGACAGAGUAUCAGUCAUCUGUACUUUCUCUGAACUGUGAAGGACAAAAGCAUGUCAUGGACACCGUUGAUGGUUAAAUGUUUAGAAAUUAUAGAAUGUGGGACUGUUAAUUCUUUUUGUAUGUCUUAGCAAAAUAAAAAUUUUCAACUUGGUGGUAUUUUUACAGCCAUAGGUAUGAUCUUAUGAUAGAAGAAUAAUAUGUUUGGACCAUAUUUUGUAUCCAAGGACCUUUAUUUAAAGCUUUCAACAUAUACAAGAGGUUGGAAACUUUUGAUUUAUGCCUUUUUCUAAUAAAGAAGUAGGUUUUUUUGUG